AUGCCAGCACAAGAAGAUACAUGGGCGUUCCAGCCUAUUGGAGCUCCGUUUCCGGACAAUCCAGUGCGAGUACCAGGUCAGCAAAACAUGUAUGUAGCACUAUGGUACAAACACGGAAAACCAAUCCAUGGUCGAGCGUGGAACGACAACGGUGGUGUACAAUGCUCGUUCCCUUUCAAUAAAGUGGAGCUAUGUGGUGCUAAGGAUCUCGGUGGCCUGAUUCAGAUCCUGACGUACAAGGUACGUAAUGCCAAUCAAAAACUCAGAUCUAAGCCGAUGAAUGAGAAACACAGACCGGACAUUGCUUCGAGGUGUGGCCAAUCAACGCCGGUUAUCGUUGCUUGCAAGGAUGGACAGCAACGAAUCGGCUAUUUGGAUCUCAGCACUGAAAUUGCUUUAGUAAGCUAUAACGGCAAGUCAGAAAGUCUUGCUGGUGGGCCAGCUAAUGAGCUGCUUGGAAUAUUUCGCAACCUCCGUCCUCCACCUACCGGUGUAAAGAUAUACGAAGAUCUGUGGGCAGAUUUGAAGUAUGGUGACAACUUCCCCACAAAUGUUGUCCCGGCUGACAACCGUCAGCUGAAGACGGAAACAGGUCCAAUGAAUCAAUAUGUCGCCCUGUGGUAUAAGCACGGAGAACCAGUGUUUGGAAGAGCGUUCCCGAGUCCAGCGGGCAAGCUUAUGGCCACCUUUGGUGCAAACAAUCAAGAGAAACGUCUGGCCCAAAAUCGUUCAUAA